AUGAGGAUUUUUAGACCGUGGAGACUGCGCUGCCCUGCCCUGCACUUUCCCUCACUUCCCGUGUUCUCACUCAAGUGGAGUUUGCCCUCCCUCACCACUGACGAGACCAUGUGUAAAAGUGUGACCACAGAGGAAUGGAAGAAAGUCUUCUAUGAGAAGAUGGAGGAGGCAAAGCCGGCUGACAGCUGGGACCUCAUCAUAGAUCCCAAUCUCAAGCACAAUGUGCUGGCCCCUGGCUGGAAGCAGUACCUAGAAUUGCAUGCCUCUGGCAGGUUCCAUUGCUCUUGGUGCUGGCACACCUGGCAGUCGCCCCACGUGGUCAUCCUCUUCCACAUGCACCUGGACCGUGCCCAGCGUGCAGGCUCGGUGCGCAUGCGCGUCUUCAAGCAGCUGUGCUACGAGUGUGGCACGUCGCGGCUGGACGAGUCGAGCAUGCUGGAGGAGAACAUCGAGAGCCUGGUGGACAAUCUCAUCACCAGCCUGCGCGAGCAGUGCUACGGGGAGCGCGGCGGCCAGUACCGCAUCCAUGUGGCCAGCCGCCAAGACAACCGGCGGCACCGCGGCGAGUUCUGUGAGGCCUGCCAGGAGGGUAUCGUGCACUGGAAGCCCAGUGAGAAGCUGCUGGAGGAGGAGGCGACCACCUACACCUUCUCCCGGGCGCCUAGCCCCACCAAGCAGCAGGCUGAGGGGAGUUCUGGCUGCAAUUUCUGCUCCAUCCCCUGGUGCUUGUUUUGGGCCACGGUUCUGCUGCUGAUCAUCUACCUGCAGUUCUCUUUCCGCAGCUCCGUCUAA